UCUGCGGAGCGCGAGCCUUCUUUGAGAGGAAGGUUGGUGCUGCGGCUCAAGAGGUUGAACAUGCGCUGGGAAGCACGAUUUGGCUCCAGAUGGAGGGGAGGAUUUUUUUGUCUGCUUGGCCUUGCCUGUCUGUUGAGGCGAAACGUGAUGCCGGCCUUUGCCGAGACUGCAGAGGGAGCUGCUGUCGCCGCGAGAGCGACGCUUCGGCAAGCUACACUUGGCGCAGGGCAAGAACGACCUGCAGAGAAUGCUGUGCUGCGGGCAUUGCUGGAUCUGCAAAAAGAGAAAACACAGUUGAACAAGGACGCCGUCCGGAUGCAGGCGGAUCCCUAUCUGGGAAAGCUCACGGGCAGUGGCCGAAGUGGCGGUAAGAGAUGGCGCCUGGUGUAUUUGGCCACCCGCAACGCUGUGGUGGCGGAGCGAAAGGGCCAAGCGCCUCCGUCCUUUUUCGAUCGCGGCUGGUAUGUGGAUGGAUUGGUGACCGCCGUGCAGCGCUUUGAAGAUAGUCCUGCGGCGCACGUGAAUCAGAACGGCGUCUUUGAAUUUCUGGGUCUCGGGGGGUUCUUCUUCGGUUACUUUGCUCGUUUCAAAUGGCCCUCGCCAGAGAAGCGAACGACCUUAGCCUUCCAACCCAUCACCAACAAUCUCAAGCUCUUUGGUCAGGACUGGUCCUGGCCCUUUGCGGCUUCCGGCGCCGCUGGCGCCGGGCCCGAGGGUGAUGCCCAAUUCGAGGCGUCCCGUCUUCAAGAUCUGAACAUCUUCAACUUUUUCUACGUGGACGACCAGGUCGCCGUGGCUCAGGGCGCCUCAGGAAGUGUGGCGCUGUGGGGGGCUACGGAUCCGGAGUGGGACCAGAAGCAUCUCAUCCCAGUGGAGGGCGAAGCGUAGCCAACCUGGCUGGAAAAUGG